AUGGAGCUCUCCGAUGUGCGCUGCCUCGGCGGCAGCGAGGAACUCUACACCAUCCACCCGACGCCCCCGGCCGGCGACGGCGGGAGCGGCUCCCGGCCGCAGCGGCUGCUGUGGCAGACGGCGGUGCGGCACAUCACCGAGCAGCGCUUCAUUCACGGGCACCGAGGCGGCGGCGGGAGCGGGGGCUCGGGCAAAGGCUCGGACCCGGCGGGCGGAGGCCCCAACCACCACGCCUCGCAGCUGUCCGGCGACUUGGCGCUGCCCCUCUAUUCGCUGGGCACCUCGGAGAGAGCGCACGGCGGCACCAGCGGCACCAAAGUCUUCCCUGAACGCAGCGGGAGCGGCAGCGCCAGCGGCAGCGGGGGAGGGGGCGACCUGGGGUUCCUGCACCUGGACUGCGCCCCGAGCAACUCGGAUUUCUUCCUCAAUGGGGGCUACAGCUACCGAGGGGUGAUUUUCCCCACCCUGCGCAACUCCUUCAAGUCACGGGAUCUGGAGCGCCUCUACCAGCGCUAUUUCCUGGGCCAGAGGCGCAAAUCCGAGGUGGUGAUGAAUGUGCUGGACGUGCUGACCAAGCUCACGCUCCUGGUUCUCCACCUGAGCCUGGCCUCGGCCCCCAUGGACCCGCUCAAGGGCAUCCUGCUGGGCUUCUUCACCGGCAUCGAGGUGGUCAUCUGCGCCCUGGUGGUGGUCAGGAAGGACACCACCUCGCACACGUACCUGCAGUACAGCGGCCUGGUCACCUGGGUGGCCAUGACCACCCAGAUCUUGGCCGCGGGCCUGGGCUAUGGGCUCCUGGGCGACGGCAUCGGCUACGUGCUCUUCACGCUGUUCGCCACCUACAGCAUGCUGCCGCUGCCGCUCACCUGGGCCAUCCUGGCCGGCCUGGGCACGUCGCUGCUGCAGGUGGUCCUCCAAGUGGUGAUCCCCCGACUGGCGGUCAUUGCCGUCAACCAGGUGGUGGCCCAGGUGGUGUUAUUCAUGUGCAUGAACACGGCUGGGAUCUUCAUCAGUUACCUGUCAGACCGCGCCCAGCGCCAGGCCUUCCUGGAGACUCGGAGGUGUGUGGAGGCCAGGCUGCGCCUGGAGACGGAAAACCAAAGACAGGAGCGGCUCGUGCUGUCCGUGCUGCCCCGCUUUGUCGUCCUGGAGAUGAUCAACGACAUGACCAACGUGGAAGAUGAGCACCUGCAGCACCAGUUCCACCGGAUCUACAUCCAUCGCUACGAGAACGUCAGUAUUCUUUUUGCAGAUGUUAAAGGAUUUACCAACCUCUCCACGACCUUGUCCGCUCAGGAGCUGGUCAGGAUGCUCAACGAGCUCUUUGCCCGAUUCGAUCGCCUGGCCCACGAGCAUCACUGUCUUCGCAUCAAGAUCCUGGGGGACUGCUACUACUGCGUCUCCGGACUUCCUGAGCCCCGCCAGGACCACGCCCACUGCUGCGUGGAAAUGGGCCUCAGCAUGAUCAAAACCAUCAGGUAUGUGCGGUCAAGGACGAAGCAUGACGUUGACAUGCGAAUCGGAAUCCACUCGGGCUCAGUGCUGUGUGGUGUGUUGGGCCUGCGGAAGUGGCAGUUUGACGUCUGGUCUUGGGACGUGGAUAUUGCGAACAAACUUGAAUCUGGAGGGAUCCCUGGGAGGAUUCACAUUUCCAAAGCCACCCUCGACUGCCUCAACGGUGACUAUGAUGUGGAAGAGGGCCACGGGAAAGAGAGGAAUGAGUUCCUGAGGAAGCAUAACAUAGAGACCUAUUUAAUUCAGCAGCCGGAGGAGAGCCUGCUGUCGCUGCCCGAAGACAUUGUCAAGGAGGCAGUGAGCUCCUCGGACCGGAGGAACAGCGGGGCGACGUUCACGGAGGGGUCCUGGAGCCCCGAGCUGCCCUUCGACAACAUCGUGGGCAAACAGAACACUCUGGCUGCCCUAACAAGAAAUUCAAUAAAUCUACUUCCAAACCAUCUUGCACAAGCUUUGCAUGUCCAGUCGGGGCCUGAGGAAAUUAACAAGCGAAUAGAACAUACCAUCGACUUGCGGAGUGGCGAUAAAUUGAGAAGAGAGCAUAUCAAGCCAUUCUCACUGAUGUUUAAAGACUCCAGCCUGGAGCACAAGUAUUCUCAAAUGAGGGACGAAGUGUUCAAGUCAAACUUGGUGUGUGCGUUCAUCGUUCUUCUGUUUAUCACGGCAAUACAGAGCUUGCUUCCUUCUUCAAGGGCUAUGCCGAUGGCCAUCCAGUUCUCCAUCCUCAUCAUGCUGCACGCGGCCCUGGUCCUCAUCACCACGGCGGAGGAUUACAAGUGUUUACCACUCGUCCUGCGGAAGACUUGCUGCUGGAUCAACGAGACCUAUUUGGCCCGGAACGUCAUCAUCUUCGCAUCCAUCCUGAUCAAUUUCCUGGGCGCCAUCCUCAAUAUCCUGUGGUGUGAUUUUGACAAGUCGAUACCCUUGAAGAACCUGACUUUCAAUUCCUCAGCUGUGUUUACAGAUAUCUGCUCCUACCCAGAGUACUUCGUCUUCACGGGCGUGUUGGCCAUGGUGACCUGUGCGGUUUUCCUCCGACUCAACUCUGUCCUGAAGCUGGCCGUGCUGCUCAUUAUGAUCGCCAUCUAUGCCCUGCUGACCGAGACCAUCUACUCAGGUCUCUUCCUGCGCUAUGACAACCUGAACCACAGUGGAGAAGAUUUCCUGGGGACCAAGGAGGCGUCGCUGCUGCUGAUGGCCAUGUUCCUCCUCGCUGUGUUCUACCACGGACAGCAGCUGGAGUACACAGCCCGCCUGGACUUCCUGUGGCGGGUUCAGGCCAAAGAGGAGAUCAACGAGAUGAAGGAGCUGAGGGAGCACAAUGAGAACAUGCUCCGGAACAUCCUGCCCAGCCACGUGGCCCGCCACUUCCUGGAGAAGGACCGAGACAACGAGGAGCUGUAUUCUCAAUCCUACGAUGCCGUCGGGGUGAUGUUCGCCUCCAUCCCGGGGUUUGCGGACUUUUACUCUCAGACCGAAAUGAAUAACCAAGGAGUGGAGUGCCUGCGCCUGCUGAAUGAGAUCAUUGCGGACUUCGAUGAGCUGCUCGGCGAAGACCGGUUUCAAGACAUUGAAAAGAUCAAGACCAUUGGCAGCACCUACAUGGCUGUCUCGGGCCUGUCUCCCGAAAAGCAGCAAUGUGAAGACAAGUGGGGACACCUGUGCGCCCUGGCCGACUUCUCGCUGGCCCUGACGGAGAGCAUCCAGGAGAUCAACAAGCACUCGUUCAACAACUUCGAGCUCCGGAUUGGCAUCAGCCACGGCUCGGUGGUCGCCGGCGUCAUCGGCGCCAAGAAGCCGCAGUACGACAUCUGGGGUAAAACCGUGAACCUGGCCAGCCGCAUGGACAGCACGGGGGUCAGCGGCAGGAUCCAGGUCCCGGAGGAGACGUUCCUCAUCCUGAAGGACCAGGGCUUCGCCUUCGACUACCGCGGGGAGAUCUACGUGAAGGGCAUCAGCGAGCAGGAGGGGAAGAUCAAGACGUACUUCCUCCUGGGCAGGGUCCAGCCCAACCCGUUCAUCCUGCCCCCGAGGAGGCUGCCGGGCCAGUACUCGCUGGCCGCCGUGGUCCUGGGCCUCGUCCAGUCCCUCAACAGGCAGCGGCAGAAGCAGCUCCUCAACGAGAACAACAGCUCGGGCAUCAAGGGCCACUACGCCCGGCGGACUCUGCUGACGCCCGGCGGCCCGGAGCCCGGCGCCCAGGCCGAGGGCCCCGACAAGUCCGACUUGCCAUAAAAGCGUUUCCUUUGUGUUCC